AUGGACUUCUCCACCACGCAGCCCAAGCCAGCCACUGCCCUCUGUGGUGGCGUCGUGAGUGCUGAUGGGAAGAUCGCCUACCCUCCCGGGGUGAAGGAGAUCACCGAUAAGAUCACCACCGAUGAAAUGAUCAAACGACUCAAGAUGGUAGUGAAAACUUUUAUGGAUAUGGAUCAGGACUCAGAAGAUGAAAAGCAGCAGUAUCUCCCACUGGCCUUGCAUCUUGCAUCUGAAUUCUUCCUCAGGAAUCCCAAUAAAGAUGUGCGUCUCCUUGUAGCAUGUUGUUUGGCUGACAUCUUUCGAAUUUAUGCCCCAGAAGCGCCAUAUACUUCCCAUGAUAAACUUAAGGACAUAUUUUUGUUUAUUACCAGACAAUUAAAAGGUUUGGAGGAUACAAAGAGUCCACAAUUUAAUAGAUACUUUUAUUUAUUAGAGAAUUUAGCUUGGGUUAAAUCAUACAACAUCUGCUUUGAAUUGGAAGAUUGCAAUGAAAUUUUUAUUCAACUUUUUAGAACUCUCUUCUCAGUGAUCAACAAUAGCCACAAUAAGAAGGUACAAAUGCACAUGCUGGACUUGAUGAGUUCUAUCAUCAUGGAAGGUGAUGGAGUUACUCAAGAAUUAUUGGACUCCAUUCUUAUUAACCUCAUUCCUGCACAUAAGAACUUAAAUAAGCAGUCUUUUGACCUUGCAAAAGUACUGCUAAAAAGGACAGUCCAGACUAUUGAGGCAUGCAUUGCCAAUUUUUUCAAUCAAGUCCUGGUGCUGGGAAGGUCUUCUGUAAGUGAUUUGUCAGAACAUGUGUUUGAUCUGAUUCAGGAACUUUUUGCUAUCGAUCCUCAUUUAUUAUUAUCUGUCAUGCCACAGCUUGAAUUCAAACUGAAGAGCAAUGAUGGAGAAGAACGUUUAGCUGUUGUUCGACUUCUAGCUAAGUUGUUUGGUUCUAAAGACUCUGACUUAGCAACACAGAAUCGUCCACUUUGGCAGUGUUUUCUUGGACGAUUUAAUGACAUUCAUGUUCCCGUGAGAUUAGAAAGUGUGAAAUUUGCCAGUCACUGUUUAAUGAAUCACCCAGAUUUAGCAAAGGAUCUCACAGAAUAUUUGAAAGUUAGAUCACAUGAUCCAGAAGAAGCUAUUCGUCAUGAUGUUAUUGUUACUAUAAUAACAGCUGCCAAAAGAGACCUUGCUUUAGUCAAUGAUCAGCUGCUUGGCUUUGUAAGGGAAAGAACACUGGACAAACGGUGGCGAGUAAGAAAAGAAGCUAUGAUGGGUCUGGCUCAGCUUUAUAAGAAAUACUGUCUUCAUGGUGAAGCAGGAAAGGAAGCCGCAGAGAAAGUGAGCUGGAUAAAGGACAAACUUUUGCAUAUUUAUUAUCAGAACAGCAUUGAUGACAAGCUGUUGGUAGAGAAAAUUUUUGCUCAGUAUCUUGUCCCCCACAACCUGGAAACAGAAGAAAGAAUGAAAUGCUUGUAUUAUUUAUAUGCUAGUUUGGAUCCAAAUGCUGUAAAAGCUCUUAAUGAAAUGUGGAAGUGUCAGAACAUGCUUAGGAGUCACGUACGUGAACUACUGGAUUUGCACAAGCAGCCUACAUCAGAGGCUAACUGUUCUGCCAUGUUUGGAAAACUGAUGACCAUAGCAAAAAAUCUGCCUGACCCAGGGAAAGCACAAGAUUUUGUGAAGAAAUUUAACCAGGUCCUUGGUGAUGAUGAGAAGCUGCGAUCCCAAUUAGAGUUAUUAAUCAGCCCAACCUGUUCUUGCAAACAGGCAGACAUUUGUGUGAGAGAAAUAGCUCGGAAACUUGCAAAUCCUAAGCAGCCAACAAAUCCUUUUCUAGAGAUGGUUAAAUUUUUAUUGGAAAGAAUUGCACCUGUGCACAUUGAUUCAGAAGCCAUAAGUGCACUAGUAAAAUUGAUGAAUAAGUCCAUAGAGGGAACAGCAGAUGAUGAAGAGGAGGGUGUCAGUCCAGAUACUGCUAUUCGUUCCGGACUUGAACUUCUUAAGGUUCUGUCUUUCACACAUCCUACCUCGUUCCACUCUGCAGAGACAUAUGAGUCCUUAUUACAGUGCCUGAGAAUGGAAGAUGACAAAGUAGCAGAAGCUGCUAUACAAAUAUUUAGAAAUACAGGCCAUAAAAUAGAAACAGACCUUCCCCAGAUACGGUCGACUUUAAUUCCCAUUUUACAUCAAAAAGCAAAGAGAGGUACUCCACAUCAAGCAAAACAGGCUGUGCAUUGUAUACACGCCAUAUUCACAAAUAAAGAAGUCCAACUUGCACAGAUUUUUGAGCCACUCAGUAGGAGUCUGAAUGCUGAUGUCCCGGAACAGCUUAUAACUCCACUAGUUUCUUUGGGCCAUAUUUCUAUGUUAGCACCAGAUCAGUUUGCUUCCCCAAUGAAAUCUGUGGUAGCAAAUUUUAUUGUGAAAGAUCUGCUAAUGAAUGACAGGUCCACAGGUGAGAAAAAUGGAAAAUUAUGGUCUCCAGAUGAAGAAGUUUCCCCUGAAGUACUAGCAAAGGUACAGGCAAUUAAACUUCUGGUAAGGUGGCUGUUGGGUAUGAAAAACAACCAGUCUAAAUCUGCCAAUUCAACUCUUCGGUUAUUAUCAGCGAUGUUGGUUAGUGAGGGUGACCUGACAGAGCAAAAAAGAAUCAGUAAAUCUGAUAUGUCUCGCUUGCGAUUAGCUGCUGGUAGUGCCAUAAUGAAGCUUGCGCAGGAACCUUGUUACCAUGAAAUUAUUACCCCAGAACAGUUUCAGCUCUGUGCACUUGUUAUUAACGAUGAGUGCUACCAAGUAAGGCAGAUAUUUGCUCAGAAGUUACAUAAGGCACUUGUGAAGUUACUGCUCCCAUUGGAGUACAUGGCGAUCUUUGCCUUGUGUGCCAAAGACCCUGUAAAGGAGCGGAGAGCACAUGCACGACAGUGUUUGCUAAAAAACAUAAGUAUACGGAGGGAGUACAUUAAACAGAACCCAAUCGCUACUGAGAAAUUACUAUCACUGUUGCCUGAAUAUGUAGUUCCAUAUAUGAUUCACCUGCUUGCCCAUGAUCCAGAUUUUACAAGGUCCCAAGAUGUUGAUCAGCUUCGUGAUAUCAAAGAGUGCCUGUGGUUUAUGCUUGAAGUUUUAAUGACAAAGAAUGAAAACAAUAGCCAUGCCUUUAUGAAAAAGAUGGCAGAGAACAUCAAGUUGACCAGAGAUGCCCAGUCUCCAGAUGAAUCCAAGACAAAUGAAAAACUUUAUACAGUAUGUGAUGUGGCUCUGUGUGUUAUAAAUAGUAAAAGUGCUCUGUGUAAUGCAGAUUCACCAAAGGAUCCAGUACUCCCAAUGAAAUUUUUUACGCAACCUGAAAAGGAUUUCUGUAAUGACAAGAGUUAUAUUACAGAAGAGACGAGAGUACUUUUGUUAACAGGAAAGCCAAAACCUGCUGGAGUGCUAGGUGCUGUAAACAAGCCUUUAUCAGCAACGGGAAGGAAACCAUAUGUUAGAAGCACUGGAGCUGAGACUGGAAGCAAUAACAAUGUAAAUUCAGACCUGAAUGCUGCAACUGGAAAUCGAUCAAGGGAACAGAGUUCAGAAGCAGCAGAAACUGGAGUUAGUGAAAAUGAAGAGAACCCUGUGAGAAUUAUUUCUGUCACACCUGUAAAGAACAUUGACCCAGUAAAGAGCAAGGAGAUGAAUUCUGAUCAGGCUACCCAGGGCAACAUCAGCAGUGACCGAAGCAAGAAAAGAACAGCAGCAGCAGCUGGGACGGAGAAUAUCCAGCAACAAACAGAUGAAAAAGUAGAUGAAUCAGGACCACCUGCCCCUUCUAAACCCAGAAGAGGACGUCGACCCAAAUCUGAGUCUCAGAGCAAUGCAACCAAAAAUGAUGAUAUAAAUAAACCAGUUGUCAAGGGAAGAAAGAGAGCCGCAGUCAGUCAAGAGAGCCCUGGGGGUUUGGAAACAGUUAAUGCCAAAGCACCCAAGUUGCAAGACAUAGCCAAAAAGGCAACACCACCCGAGAGACAGAUUGACUUACAAAGGUAA